AUGCAGAAAGAAAUAACAAUGGCACCACCAAUACGAUCCAUCACCGCUACUGCUACCGCGCUUCUGCUUGUGAUAGGAGCCCACGCGGCGGAAAACGCGCCCUGUUACUUCCCCGGUGAAGUACACGCUUUGGGGUACUACCCCUGCCAACCGUUCGGCGCCGAGAUAUCGCUCUGCUGUCCCCAGGGGUGGACGUGCUUCAGUAACGCGCUGUGUAUCGCUACGACGGAGACGAAGAGUUUUCCGAAUAUUACUCUGGGGGAGGUGCAGAGGGGGGCUUGUACGAGUCCGGGGUGGAAUAAUGCCCUUUGCGGGGGCGUUUGCUUGACGGGUGAUAACAUAUACGGGAAGCUGGCUGCUUGUACUCAGGAGACGUUUUGUUGCGAGGAUGAUUACAAGAAAGGGAAAUGUACCUGUGAGGAAGGGGGUGGGAGCUUUGAGAUUAAGAGAGGAAUGGGGAGCAAAAUUAUUGAGGUUGACAGUGAGACUUUUUCUGGGACGGCGACGGUGAUAAUUGCGGAGCCGGUGACGAGUUUGGUUUCGGAUGCUACGACCACGACUGGGACGGCGACGAGUACGGGGGAGAGUUCGGUGAGUAACACUGCCGAUGGGGCUACUACCACGCCGACUUCAACGGAGCCAGCCGAGGUUGUGGAGGGGGGUGGUGGGCUGUCUAAGGGGGCGACGAUUGGGAUUGGAGUUGGGGCUGGCGUUGCUGGGCUGCUGAUCUUGGGAGCGUUGGCGUUUUUUGUGAUGAGGUGGAGACGGAAGAAUAGCCAGAUGAUGGGGACGAAUAAUGGUGGGAAGGUGACGGAGGAUCCUAUUGAGAGUCAUCAGUAUGGGGUUACUUAUGGACAUGCUUAUGGUGAGCAACCCUAGAUGAGGGGGUAGGUGGUAAGGCAGGUGCGGGAUCAAGUUGGCCCAAAGGAUAGACGGAAAAGUGUGCGGUCGAAUCCAGUUUCUGUUGUUGGAGGCUACUCAUUCACUGCUGGAUUUUCACGAAUAAUGGUUUAAUCGCGUUUAGUCUUCCUCUGUAAUUGUUAGUUUGCUGAUAUAUAUACCUCCCACAAGUUCAAGACCUUGCUCUCUUGUCCUCCAUCCAAUCCUCAUCCU